AAGAAAGUCAGUUCUGCAACUGGAUUUUGUCGGCAACAUGAAAUUCAACCUAAUCUGCUCGUUUUUUGUUCUCUUGGCAGUGGCUCACGAUAGCGUUGCGUAUGGCAGACGUGGCCGUGGAAAGGGAAAUGGAGGAACGGGCAAUGGCGGUGGCGGUGGCGGUGGUAGUGGUGGUGGAGGAGGAGGAGGAGGGGGUGGCCCUGUGAGUGGAGGAGGAGGAGGUAAUGGUGGUGGUGGUAAUGGUGGUGGCCCAGUCAAUGGAAGGGGUGGCAAUGGUGGAGGAAGAGGAGAUAGUGGCAGUGGCCCUGUCAAUGGAGGAUUCAGCAGUGGAAAUAGCAGAGAUGUUGCCGGAGGAUCUGUUCCUGCUGGAGGAAAUGAUGACACUCUGACGGGCUUUGGGGGAGACAUCAAUCCAGUAACUGAAGUCAAUGUGCCUGCACCGGCGGCUAACGUAUUCUCAGGAAAUAAUGCAUUCCAAGACAACAAUGUUCUUCCACCAAAUAACGGAUUCCAGGGCAGUAAUAUUCUUCCACCAAAUAACGGAUUCCAAGGCAGUAAUGGUCGUCCAUCAAAUAACAAUUUCCAAGGGAAUAAUGGAUUCCCCUCAAAUACUGGGUUCCAAGGCGGCAAUGCAUUCCGAAGCGCCAAUAAUGACUUGCAAAGCAAUAACGGAUUCCAAGGAAGAAAUCCUGCCCAAAACAAUCGAUUCAGAAAUAACAAUAAUGGAGACUUUCGGCGAAAUUUGGGCGAAAUUUUCCGUAGGUUCAAUCUUGGACGCUUGAGACGCCGUUUCUUUUAGUGACAUUCAGAGUCAACGACAAUACACUGUAUUUUCAGCAUGA